UUUUUUUUUCUUACUCUUUCUUCAUGCCGCAGUACCAUUGGCAGUCCAAGAACGUCAAGUCCUCGGGUGUCGAGGACAUGGUCCUCUUGUCCAAAAUCUCAGAGGACCAGAUUGUCGACAAUCUCAAGAAGCGCUACAUGGAUGAUUUGAUCUUUACAUACAUUGGGCCCGUGCUGAUUUCAGUCAACCCUUUCAAGUCCAUGCCCUACUUUACUGAUCGCGAGAUUGAGCAGUAUCAAGGCGCCUCUGCUCACGAAAACCCGCCGCACGUCUAUGCGCUCUCGGACAACAUGUACCGCAAUAUGCUCAUCGAGAUGGAAAACCAAUGCGUCAUCAUCUCGGGCGAGUCGGGUGCUGGCAAGACGGUCGCUGCCAAGUACAUUAUGCAGUACAUUGCGCGUGUCUCUGGUGGUGGUCCCGCCGUCCAGCGCGUCAAGGAUGUCAUUCUCGAGUCCAACCCGCUUCUCGAAGCCUUUGGCAACGCCAAGACUGUGCGCAACAACAACUCGUCCCGUUUCGGCAAGUACUUUGAGAUUCAGUUCUCUCGCGGAGGUGAGCCAGACGGUGGCAAGAUUUCCAACUUUUUGCUGGAAAAGAGUCGCGUGGUUGGCCAAAACCGCGAGGAGCGCAACUUCCACAUCUUCUACCAGCUGUGUUUCGGCGCCAAUGCUCAGCAAAAGGAGGCCUUCGGCAUCACUGAGCCACAGUACUACAACUACCUGAACAAGAGCGGUUGCUUCACUGUUGACGGCACGGACGACGUCGCCGAAUUCCACGAAACGACAAAGGCUAUGGGCGUCAUGGGCCUGAGCAACGACAUCCAGAAUGAGGUGUACAAGAUUGUUGCAGGUAUUCUGCACCUGGGCAACCUCGAGUACGUCGAGAAUGGCAACUACGCCCAGGUCGCCGAUCCCCAAUUCCUCGAAUUCCCCGCCUAUCUUCUCGGCAUUGAGGCAGACCAGCUCAACCAAAAGCUCACCAGUCGCAUCAUGGAGAGCAAGUGGGGUGGCAAGACUGAAGUGACGAAUGUGACGCUCAACGUUGAGCAGACCAUGUACACUCGUGAUGCACUCUCCAAGGCACUCUACUCGCGCUUGUUCGAUUUUCUCGUCCAGACUAUCAACGCUGCCAUGGUCAAGCAGAAAGUCGAACUGGCCAUUGGUGUGCUCGAUAUUUAUGGCUUUGAGAUUUUCACGAAAAACGGCUUUGAGCAAUUCUGCAUCAACUUUGUCAACGAGAAGCUUCAGCAAAUCUUCAUCGAACUCACGCUCAAGGCCGAGCAGGAAGAGUACGUCCGCGAGGGCAUCCAAUGGACCCCCAUUCAGUUCUUUAACAACAAGGUUGUGUGCGACCUCAUCGAGUCCAAGCGCCCGCCAGGCGUCAUGUGCGUGCUCGACGACGUGUGCGCCACGCUGCACGCUCAGGGUGACGGCGCUGAUGGCAAGUUCUUGGAAAAGCUUGCACCCGCUGUCAGCUCGAACGAGCACUUUUCGAGCAUGUCGGGUGCCUUUGUCAUCCAACACUACGCCGGUCGCGUGACGUACGAUGUUGACGGCUUCUGCGAGCGCAAUCGUGACGUGCUCUUCAAGGACUUGAUCAUGCUGAUGCAGUCGUCGUCGAGCGCCUUCAUCCGCUCGCUCUUCCCCGAAGACACCAACAAUGACGACAAGAAGCGCCCCACCACGGCCUCGACCAAGAUCAAGACCCAGGCCAACGAGCUUGUCGACACGCUCAUGAAAUGCACCCCGCACUACAUUCGCUGCAUCAAGCCGAACGAAACCAAGCAGGCACACGAUUGGGAUGCCAAGCGCUGCACCCAUCAGGUCCAGUACCUCGGUCUGAAGGAGAACAUUCGUGUCCGUCGUGCCGGCUUUGCCUACCGCCAAGUGUUUGACAAGUUCCUGCGUCGCUUUGCCAUUCUGACUCCCGAAACCUUCCCUCAUUGGAACGGCUCUCCGGUUGAAGGCGUCAAGUUCCUCCUCAACAAGGUCGACAUGGACAACUCGCAAUGGCAGCUUGGUUCGACCAAGAUUUUCGUCAAAAAUCCCGAGUCGCUCUUCUUGCUGGAAGAGCUGCGCGAGCGCAAGUUCGACGCGUUCUGCCGCAAGAUUCAACGCGCCUUCCGCCAGUAUCGUGCCCGCAAGCACAUGCACGAGCUCAAGCAGAAGGCUACCGACAUUCUCUUUGGCAAGAAGGAACGCAGGCGAGGCAGUCUCAACCGCAACUUUGUCGGCGACUACAUUGGCUUCCAGGACAACCCAGCGCUUCGUGCAUUGCUACCCAAGAAGGAGCGUGUCGAGUUUGCCUGCGACGUCAUGAAAUACGACCGUCGCUUCAACGGCCAAAAGCGAGACCUGCUGCUUACAUCGCAGGCCUUGUACUUGGUUGCAUUGGAGAAGGUGCAAAAGGGUCCCGAGAAGGGCAAGCUCGUGCUGGAGGUCAAGCGCCGCAUCGAGAUGGCGCAAAUCUCUGGCGUAACGCUCAGCCCGUUCCAGGACGAUUUCGUCAUUCUGCACGUCCCGAGCGAGUACGACAACGUGUUUGAGCUCAUCUUCAAGACCGAGUUCCUCACCACGCUCAGCGACAAGUACUUGGCCGCCACUCAACGGAAGCUCACCGUCAACUUUUCGGACAAGAUCCAGUACACUGUCAAGAAGGGUGGCUUUAUGGACAGCGCCGGUACUCGCAUGAUUGCCUUCUCGUACGGCCAGGGCGAUCUCGCCAUUGUUAAGCCCGGUGGCAAGGGUGGUAUUGUGACGAUUGGCCAAGGUUUGCCGAAGGAUUCUCGUCCCAACUUCCAACCUGUGGCUCGCCAAUCCGCUCCCCGUGGUGGCGGCGGCGGUGGUCGUGGUCGCGCUCCUCCGGCUCCUUCUGGUGGUGGUGGCGGUGCUCCCCCGCCGCGUGGUGCUGCUCCGCCUGCUCGUGGUGCUCCCCCGACGCGCGGUGGCAUGGCUCCCCGUGCACCCGCCCCACAAGCACCCGCCCCACAACAACAAGACGACCAGGAGGAUGACGCUCCUCCGCCGAUGCGCGCUGCCCCACCAACCCGCGGCGCUGCUCCGCCCAUGCGCGGCGGCAUGGCUCCCCGUGGCGGCAUGGCCCCCCGUGGUGCCCCCGCUGCUGCUGCUGGCGGCCCUCCGAGCGGCGGCCCGACCCGAGGUGGCUUGGCUCCGCGCGGCGCGCCGGCCUCGGCUGCCGGUGGCCCACCCGGCGCUGGUCCGGCUCGUGGCGGAAUGGCUGCGGCUGGCCCUCCUCGCGGCGGUGCUGCUCCUCGUGGACGUGGUGCCGGCCCGGCAGGCCCUGGUCGCGGCGGUGCAGCCGGUCCCGGCCCCGCCCGUCCCGCGCCCAAGGCCGUCCCGCAAUGCCGUGCCAUCUACGACUACACGGCCAAUGACACGGACGAGCUCGCGCUCACCACUGGCGAUGUGGUUGAUAUUUUGAACAAGGACAACCCCGGCUGGUGGCAAGGCCGUGUCGGCAACCGCAUUGGUCUCUUCCCCUCCAACUAUGUUGAGAUGGUUUAAGUCGAUAGUGUGGUGUCUUUGUGUCUUUGUGUGUGAGCGUGAGUGUGUGUGUGGAUGUGUGCAAGAUCGAUCGACCAAUUUGUCUGUCCCUUUUUGUGUGUGUGUGUGCGUGUGUGUGUUUGUGAUGCCUGUUGUUUUGUUGGUAAUGACGGUUGGCUCAAAAAAAAAAAACCUCCCGUCUUCCUGUGAAUGAACUUUCAAACAAUGUGAAUGAACUUGCAAACAAUGUAC